AUGCCAUGGCAGGGGGCAGCAUGGCUAACCAACUGCCACCCACUCACCCACUCACCCACCCUCGUGCCUCUCCAUCUCAAAUCAAAUCCUUGGACACAGACGACAAUCUUGGAUCCUCCAAAGUACACACAAGGCACAGCCAACUGGAAACUUGCCCUCCGGAAACUGUUUGCUUUCCCAUUGGGUCUAAGUAGUAGUAGUAAUAAUAAUAACGCCAGCAGCAGUAAUAAUAACAGCAGUAGUAGCGGCAACUUUAGUAGUAGCGGAAGUAGACAACUUCAUUCAUCGGCCGGUGCAAGCGGAUCUGCUACCACCCCGAUAUCCACACCGCCCCUCCAGCCAAGGCUAACGCACUCGGCAUCAAAUCUUGAUAACUCCGCCGGCGCCACCACAAACCGCUCAGUAUCAGGCACGGGCGCACCACCCAGCUCACCAUCGACUACCGCUGCGGCACCACCAACAACAAAAACAACAACGUUCUCCCCAGGCGACUCAAACAAACAGAAGCGUAGAAGAAUGGGCUACUAUAACAAUGGCGAACAACGCGACUCCAAGCAACAGUCAUAUCACAAGCCGCGACAUCCCGACAUCAACAGGGACAGCGGUAGCGGAGACCGCAGGAUGGACUACAAAGUGGAGACGGCCACAGAGAUUGAGAAUGAGGCGGCGCUCACCGGGAGCAGCAGCAGUCGCGACCUGUGCGACCUCAUUGACGACUCCAAGGUCAGCUCCAUCUGCUCAAUCCUCUCCGAAGAGAACUGGAUCGCCAUCCUUCAACACCUUGACCACGUAUCACUCCUAUCCCUCUCCGAGACUUGUUACUCAUUCUACCGUUUGGCCAAUGAUAAGUUCAUUUGGCAACAACUAUUGAAGGAAGAGAGGAAGAAGGUGUUGAUACUGCCACCCAACUCUGACUUGACCAAUCCAAAGUUAAUCUAUAUGAAUAGACGUGAUUAUGAUACGAUCACUGAAGCAUUGGCCGCUUUGAGUGAGGGGACGAGAGAGACGAUGCUCAUCGGACCAGGCCUCUACAAGGAGAACAUCAUAAUUGACAAGCCCGUGGACAUUAUUGGCGAGGGCAUCAACACGGACGUGGUGAUUGAGUCGGCCUCGGCAAACACCGUCUCUAUCUCGGCACCCUACGGCUCAAUAACCAACCUGUCUAUGCGCCAGACCGGGCACUGGUUCUGCAUUGACAUUGAGAAGGGCGGCUUCACAAUCAGCAAGUGUGACAUCACCAACACCACCUUGAGCGCCGUCAAGAUUGGCCGACACGCCACCCCCUGGAUCACGGACAACAUCGUGCACGACUGCAAGGAGGCUGGAAUUGCCAUCUUUGGUGGUGAGGGCACGAUCAUUGGCAACCGAUUCACUCGCAAUCGCUAUGGCUCCAUUGAGAUCGUCUAUUCAACGGCCAAGCCCACUAUCAAGCUCAACAGAAUAUAUCGCAACAAGGGCUACGGCAUCCACAUACAUACGAGCGCCAGCGCCAUCAUCACGGAGAACAUCAUCGAAGAGAACGAGAGCGAUGGCAUCAGCUGCUGGGGCGGCGCCACACCCACCGUGUCCAACAACAAGAUCUGCAACAACCUGGAGGACGGCGUUUACAUCCACGAGGACGGCAAGGGCGUGUUUGAGCACAACCAGAUCUACGGCCAGAAGCUGGACGGCAUCAGGAUAUCCAAGUCCAAUCCACAGAUCAACAACAAUACCAUCCAUCACAACCAGGGCGAUGGCAUCAGAUUGGUGAUCAAGGCCAAUCCGAUCAUCUCGGAGAAUCACAUCUGUGAGAACAAGCGUGUUGGCAUACAUAUCUAUCGCGAGGGCAUGGGUAUCAUCUCCAACAACUACAUCUACGGCAACAAGAACGCUGGCAUGCAAGUCUACUCAAGAUCAAACGCCACAAUAUGUAAUAAUAGAAUCGUACAGAAUAGAUGCUCUGGCAUCUAUGUAUCGGACCAUGCGAUUGUAAAUAUCAAGUCCAAUGAAAUAUCCAACAAUGGUGAGGUUGGAGUGGAGAUUGUAUCUGGAUCAAGGGCACUUUGCUUUGACAACAAUAUCAUUAAUAGGAACUGGGAGGCUGGCCUGGCGUAUUACUCAGACUCCAAGCCAAUGGGAUUCGAAGCCAACAACACGUUUACAAACAAUGGUCCACAUGGCAACCAGCAAUUCAUCCUGCGACAGGGCAGAGACAUCACGUCGAUCCACGCCGGCAACAAGAAUAGGACAAAGAGCCCUGAUGAGAUGGAGCCCAUAUCAUUCCUGGUGGAGAACGCGCUGCAGGUUAACCAAUGCACACUGUCCUUCACGAGGGAGUACUACCACGCUCAGUAUUGGUAUGAGUGCAAGACUUGCACGGAGCCGCGCAAGAUUCUGGGCAAGAGCGAGAUUGCUGUAUGUGAGGAGUGUGCUAAGAAGUGCCAUGCUGGACACGAUAUUGGCGUGCGCAAGUACGGUCACUUCUAUUGUGACUGUGGUCAGCAGGUGGUGUCCCCAUGCAAGUGUAUCUCAAGUGACAACUUCCCCGAGCCCAUGAACAGCAACACCAACAUCACCCAAAGCAAUCAUAAUCAUGAGUUGGUUGCAAUCAAUUGUAAACAAUUUGGACCUGAUGACAAAUCAUACAAGGUGAAAUAA